AAUGCAAGAUAACACACCCAAGUAGUAGCACCCAACCCAGACCAACGCUCUCAAUAUUAUAAUAAUAAUAAUAAAUAAAGCAAAGUUGUUUUAUUUUAUUUUUUACUUCGAGAGAAGGAAAAGAAAUAAGAGGUAGAGAGCGUGAGAAGCACGCGUGGAUGAAGAAAGCAUAUUUUGGUGGAGUAAUGGAGUAACGUGUUGAGCAUUAGUUUAGUUACCUUCGCGGACCACAACACACCUCACUUUGUCUUUCUUCUUACAUUCCUCCCUCAUCACUCAUUGCUCAUCUCACAGAUUCAAAUUGGAUGCAACUUCGCCUUACUCUCACUCUCUUACUCUCAGUUUCACUACACUGUUUCGAAGAUUUCUUUCUCUUUCUGUCUGACAUAAACAGCGAAACUCAUUUUCAGAUCUCAAAUAGUUAGACGAGGCGAGAGGUUCAAGGUCCUUUGUUUUUCAUUUAACAUAUUAGGAAUGGAGGAUGCUAUAGAUACUGCUGCUUCUUUGGAUUGUGCUUCAAUUCGGAUAUUUCCUAACCAUAACAGGUAUGAGGCAUUUGUCUGUAAGGGGAAACAAUCUGAGAAAGUGGCAGCUGGAGAUUUGGAACAUUUGUUGCCUCAUUUACCUGCGAUAAAUGAUUUGUAUGCUAGAGGAUUUGAUGCAAACUUUGAUCUUAAAUUGCCUGAAAAUCUACAUGGUGCUGAAUGGUUUUCAAAACCAACUUUUAAAAGGUUCCUGCAUAUUGUUUCUUCACCAGAUUCCAUAAAUUUCAUCAAUACUAUCCUGGAUGAGAUGUCUCAGUUGGAGGAUUCAAAGAAAUUUCAUAUUUCUUUAUAUGGGAAGGAUCAUCAAGAUCAUCUUGAAAGUGUGGAAAGCGAUGGAAACUGUAGCUCAUAUGGUGAAGCAGCAACCUCCAAACCUGAAGUUAACAAUGUAUCAUCUGAUGCUUCAAAGAAUGAAUUGUUACGAGCAAUGGAUCUAAGACUCACAGCUUUGAGCGACAAGUUAGCUGAAACUCUUAACAAUGUCACCGGUGCUACAUGCUCCCCUGAAGAUCUGACCUAUUUAGCAAAAUUUUCUCAACAAUUUGGUGCUACUGAUAUAGAGCAUUCUUUGUGCAAGUUUAUAGAACUAAACCGGAAGAGCCAGGAUGUUAUUUCCCUGAGCAGUGAAACAACCUCACACACUUGUGAUGUGACAAAAGAUGAAGCAAACAAGGAUGUUAAAAACCUGCGAAUUUCAAAGGCAUUACAUACAGAUGCCCCAGUUAAGUAUGGUGUUUCACCAGCUAGAGUUGCUCAAAUUGAGAGGCACAGUUCAACAGAAAGUGGGGAAUCUUCUAACUCAAGCGAUGAAGAUCAAACAUCUGCUGAGAGAAGCCGUUCUCUGGUAAGAUCGGCAACACCUAGAAGAUCAGCAUCCCCAAUGCGAAGGAUCCAAAUAGGAAGAACUGGGCCCCGCAGAGCUGCUGCAAUAACUAUCAAGAGUCUCAAUCUCAAUUAUUUUCCUGCCAGAGAGAGGCCAAUGUCAUAUAGGGAUGCUGCUGAACAUGAUUGUGAAGGGGAAGUAUCUGAUCAACCCUAUAAGAAGCCAGAAAUUGAUGUAAGGAGGAUAACUGUACAAGAUGCAAUAAGUCUUUUUGAAAGCAAACAGUGGGAUCAAACUGCAGAUAUUCAAAAGAGGAAGUCAUUAACAGAUGUUUCUGUCGGUACAAAUAAAUCUGUUUUGAGAAGAUGGAGUGCAGGUAUGGGGGAAACCUCUGUUCAAGACCAGCCAGAACAUGUUACCGAAGAUCCUGUUCCAGUGAUUUCUAAUGAUGUGGUACAUAAUGAGGUUCCUAAAAAUUCAGAAGUAGGAGUGGUGUCUGAUUUUAUUUCUGAUAGUUAUGAUAAUAAUGAGACCAUUGAUCAUGAUGCAAAACCAGAAAGACCAGAAAACAUAAGUUCUUAUUCUGUAGAUAAUUCAGAUGAAACUGAUCCAAAAGUAAAGGAUGAAGUUAUCAAAAAAUUAGCAGCAUCAGCAGAGUGGAAUCAACGAAAGCAAGAAGAGUUCAACCAAAUUCUUAAAAAAAUGGUUGAAAGCAAGCCUGUUAUAUUUGGGAAAUCCCAGCCCAGCAGAAACCAGAAUAUUUCAUUUGAGCAGAGAGGAGGGUCUUAUGAUCAUUAUAAGGAGAAAAGGGAUGCAAAACUUCAAGGGGUGAAGACUGGAAAACAAGUAGAAAAGGAAGCACAAUUUCGGGAAAUGCAGCAGCUACUUGAUAAGAAGAAGACUGAAAUGUCCAAAAAUGUGAGUGCAAGUAAAAAAAGUUCUACAAGGUUGCCCCAGAAAUCUCUUAGAAAUUCAAUUCAACCUGCAAGUUCCCCAAAGGAAACCUCUAAACCCUUUGUUACCAAAAAGACAACAUCUAGAACAUCACCAAUGCCUGCUACACGUAAGUCUUGGUCAGCAACACCUUCGCCAAGGGCUGCUGGGACAUCCCCUGCUCAAGCUCGUGGUGGAAUUUCAUCUGCUAACAGCACCCCAACACGGAGGAAGCCAGUAUCAACAACAUCUGUUCCCCAACAGAGCACCCAAAGGGAAAAAUCUCAGCCACGAAUCAGAAAUGAGAAAGAAACUCAGACCAGUAGUGCCAGGAGCCUCAAAAGCACGAAUGAGAAGCAGCAGUCAGCUGUCCCAAACAAGAGCAAGGCAGUCAAAGCCAAAGUGAUGACAGCUUCUGAAGAAGCCUCUGUCCCUUCUAAGACUAGUUUGGGUAACAGGGGAACCAAGAAAAGCAGUGUAGUGCCACUGGAAUCAAAACCUUUUCUACGUAAAGGUUCUCGGAUGGCACAUGGAACUACUAAUCUUAACAAGAAAAAGAGUCCUCCUAAGAUGGAUAAAUCUCAUGGAGACAGUGAAGAUCUUAUUGAAGAUCAAGAAAGUGAGUUGGUUGUCAAUGCUUCUGACGUGGUCAGUCAGCAUUCAGAUGGGGAUAGAAUGACACCUAGUAAUCAGAAUGCUGCCACAGAACCAGACCCUCAGAUAAAUAAGCACUUGCAAUGUGAUGAGACAGAAACCGUAGACCAAAAUCCCACUGAUGGUAAUGUCUUAGCAUACAUAGAAGAGUCUUCCUUAAAUAUAAGGAAUGAAGAAGAAUCAACCAUAUCACCUUCUGCCUGGGUGGAAACAGAAGAGGAUCUGGAAGUGCCCAAGCCACCGGAGGAUAGCACAUUUCAAUCUGUAUCUUUAGCCAAUGCUGCUCCAGCAGGAUCAGCUAGUCCUCGGGUUCGCCAUUCUCUGUCUCAGAUGCUUCAAGAAGAAAGUAGUGAACCUGACACUGGUGAGUGGGGAAAUGCUGAGAAUCCUCCUGCCAUGAUAUACCAAAAAGAUGCACCCAAAGGUUUUAAAAGACUCUUGAAAUUUGCUCGGAAGAGCAAAGGUGAUACAGGUUCCACUGGUUGGUCUAGCCCAUCCGUUUUUUCUGAAGGAGAGGAUGAUGCUGAGGAAUUUAAAAAUUCUAAUAAAAGGAAUGCGGACAAUCUACUGAAAAAGGCUGCACUCAAUGUGAAAAGUUAUGGACAACCGAAAAGUUCAGUACAUGAAGGAUAUGAAAGAAAUUUAGCAAGCAGAGAUGAUGACAAGGGUUCUCGCAAGAUGCAAGGUGGACGUGAUUCAGGUGCUGGUUCAACCGCAAGAGCGUCAAGGUCAUUCUUUUCUCUUUCAGCUUUUAGGGGAAGUAAGCCCUCUGAGUCAAAGUUUCAUUGAUGCUAUGGGAAACUGCCAUAACUUAGCCAUCACCUCCGGACCUGUUCAUGUUCAUGUCAGGUUUAGCAUGGAGUUCUCCCUUUUUUCUCCUGCUAAUUGCAUUUCAGUGCAUUGGUGUUGUAAGUUAUCAAGGGGGAGUAGGUGGAACGCUGUAAAUUCAUUAAAUUGGGUCACGCUACUUCUACACAUUACCCAAAAGGUAUAAUUCAUAUCUGGCGUUCCCUGGGAAAUUUUCCUAUAGCUGGAUUCCUUCUUGUAAUGUUUUCCCAAUCGUUCAUUUCAUCGUAUGGUGCUACAGUGCAACGAAAUAUUUAUUACUGUAGAUAGCUGAAUUGUAGAUCUUUUGCUUUUUCUAUUUUAAUGUUCAUAGCUUAUAUCCGUGACCCUUAUAG